AUGCGAAGGCCACAGCCGGCCGCGCAAAGGUCAGCUCUCGAAAGCCGAGAACGCGGGCUUGACACGUAUGUGCGUAAAAUUCGCGGGCGGGCGAAAUUCGAUCGGGAGCUGAAGCGGCUUGAAUAUCAUGCCCAAAAUGUGAAGCCCAUUGGCGAGCCGCGCAAAAAGGGUCUGACCUUUUCAAGAGCCAGGAGUGCUGGUGGCGUCUUGUCCGUGGACCGCGAGGCUAUGCAAGCGGCGUACGGCGAGUCGUGCACGGAUCCUGUCGAGGUUCUCCGUGGCAGGGUGGAAGUGCCUGAGAUGCUGAAGAUGCAGCUUGAAGAGCUCCACGCCCGCAUCGCGAAGCUCUCAGAAAUGCACGCCUUGUAA